AUGGCAAAGGUUUUCAAAAACAACAGUGUCUGGGCUUACGUGGGCCUCUGGGGUUACACUGCGGCGGCAACCUCGUGGGGACUCCCCCGCCGCGCCGGACAUGAGUACAACGGCCGCCAAGGCAAGCGGCAGCUACGCCGCGGGCCUUUCCCUACCGCCGACAUUCUCCAGCGUCCGCGCAGCCACGUCGACCUCGGUGGUGAGACGGCCUCGGCCAGCGACGGCGAUGACCUCCUCAACGCCCUCGGCUACAAGGCCGAGCUGACGCGCACCCGCUCAACAUGGCACGUGGCCUUCAUGUCCUUCGUGCUGGCCUCGAUUCCCUACGGCCUGGCCACCACCAUGUACUACCCGCUGCAGAACGGCGGGCCGGUCGUGGUCAUCUGGGGCUGGGUCAUCAUCUCGGCCAUCAUCCUGUGCGUGGCGGCUUCUCUGGGCGAAAUCACCUCUGUCUAUCCCACGGCUGGCGGCGUCUAUUACCAGACGUUCAUGAUUGCUCCGGCGAAAUAUCGGAGGGUGUCGGCGUAUAUCUGCGGAUGGGCCUACGUGGUGGGAAACAUCACGAUCACUUUGGCGGUAAACUUCGGUACGGCGCUGUUUUUUGUCGCUUGUGUCAAUGUCUUCCAGAACGAGGACGGCACGGAUAUCUGGCAGGCUGAGACGUACCAGAUCUUUUUGGUGUUUUUGGCUAUUACCUUGUUGUGUAACGCUAUCUCGGCGCUGGGUAACAAGAUUUUGCCGCUUUUGGAUACCUUCGCCAUCGUCUGGACCUUCGUCGGCCUGAUUUGCAUCCUCGUCACCAUUUUGGUGGUAGCCAAGGAAGGCCGCCGCUCGGGCGCCUACGCCCUCGGCCACUUCGAGCCCACGUCCGGCUGGCCCAAGGGCUGGGCCUUCUGCGUCGGUCUCCUGCACGCCGGCUACGCCACUUCUUCCACCGGCAUGAUCAUCUCCAUGUGCGAGGAAGUCCAGCGCCCCGCCACCCAGGUGCCCAAGGCCAUGGUCAUCACCAUCGUCAUCAACGCCAUCGGCGGCCUGGUCUUCAUGAUCCCGCUCAUGUUCGUCCUUCCCGACAUCGCCAUGCUAGUCGCCUUGCCCUCCGGCCAGCCCGUGCCCACGAUCCUCAAGUCAGCAGUCGGCUCCUCUGUCGGCGCCAUCUGCCUGCUUAUCCCCUUGAUGGUCCUUGGUAUCCUCUGUGGAACGGCCUGCACCACCGCCUCCUCCCGCUGCACGUGGGCGUUUGCUCGCGACGGUGCCAUCCCAGGCGCCAAGUGGUGGAAGAAGGUGCAUACCGGUCUGGACCUGCCGCUCAACGCGAUGAUGUUGUCCAUGAUCAUCCAGAUCUUGCUGGGUGUCAUUUACUUCGGCUCGUCGGCGGCGUUUAACGCUUUCAGCGGUGUGGGCGUCAUUUGCUUGACCAUCUCGUACGCGGUACCGAUUGCGGUGUCGAUGAUUGAGAAGCGGAGACAUAUCAUUGGUGCCAAGUUUCCGUUGGGCAAGUUGGGGUGGUUUUGCAAUUCUGUGGCUUUGGCCUGGUCCUUCUUCGCAGUCCCCCUCUUCUGCAUGCCCGCCUACCUCCCCGUCACCGCCGGCACAGUCAACUACGCCCCCGUCGUCUUCGUCGGCUUCACCUCCAUCUCGCUGGCCUGGUACAUCACCUGGGGCCACAAGAACUACGCCGGUCCGCCCACGGAGCAGGUUGGCGAGGAUGUUGCUCCUAUGACUGCCGCCGACGUUGCUGGUGAUGUCAAGAAGCCAGUACCAGUACCGGUAGGUAAAACCGACUGA